GUUGCGACGUGCUGCUAGUGGCCAGUGCUUCGCCUGCUGCUGUUUCCAAAACCGUUCGUCGGCCCGAUUCUCACCGAGUCUCCUCGUAACGUCGCGGUCCGUAUCAGCGCGGGAUGGUGCUUGUGUGAUGUGUCGCUCGUAGAAUCGCCGCCGCCCGCACGUAAACCCGCGGGGCUGGGCGGGUGCCGUGUACUACGCAUACACGAUGAUCGCCCCGCCCGCCUCAUCGGCGGCUGCAGCCGCACGCUGAACAGCUGACCGCCCAGCGCGUAGCGGCAGCGACGAGAUGGCAGCGAAGGACGUGGCCCGCUCGCCGUUCGAGUUCCUCAGCCUGGUGCCGCAGGGCCAUGAGAAGGCGCUCAAGCUGGCCGUCUACAACACGGCCACGCUCGUGUUCGCCGCCUUCGUCAGCGCCGCCGGUGUGGCCGUGUAUUUCAUACUGCAGCCCUUCCUCGGGCCGCUCCUGUGGGCGCUCCUCUUCGGGUCGGUGCUGCACCCGUUCAAGCGGUCGCUCUGCGUGCUCCUGGGCGGCUGGCUGGACGCGCUGCGCGAGGCGGGCACGCCUCUCGCCGUGGGCGUCUUCUGCCUGCCCUUCCAGGUGGUGGACAGCGUGGCCGAGCGCGCCUGCAACACGGUGCUGCAGUACUUCAAGUGGUUCCUCGCCGCCUCCAUACUCGUGCCCAUCGUCUACUUCGCGCACCACUUCCUGCCCGUCACGGUCGCCUGGAAAGUGUUCGCCGUGCUGCGUGUAUUCUACCACAUCGUGUCGGCGACGUUGGAGAUCUUCUCCUCGGGAUGGAUGGUCUGGGGCAUGUUGGUGGGCUACAUAGGCGCGCUGGUGUUCUGGUGGACACCGCAGACGGAGGGGCCCCUACGUGCUAUGUCGCCCGCUGUUUGGCUAGCUGUCAUCUGCCAUCUGGCCACUGUGGCAGGCAUGUGGCGAGUGCCAAUCCUGGCCGCGUUCCUGGCCCUGCUUGCCACAGGGUUCCUGGCUGAGCUGCGCGGUGCUACGGUUGAGUGUGGGGAGCAUGGAGCAACAGAGCCCGGUUCACCUUGCGUGAGCACGCUGUACGCAGGUUGGGCUUGGAUCACGGGAUCACCUGUGGCAGGAUCUACUCAGGACCACCUGGGCCCUCCGAAGCCGAUCACCAAGAAGCGGGUGUCAUUCAGCCUUGAGCCAGACACUGUGUUUCUGCCAGGCAUGGCCCCACCAGAGUCUACACACAAGACCUCCCUGUCGUCUCAAGAUAAAGGCACCAGCCAAGAGGCCGACAGUGCCAGCACCAUUGCAACAUCGGACGAAGCGAAGAUAGCACCCCUGCACCCUGUUCUGCACCGGCAACCCUCUCCUGCACCUGGAUCGAGCGAGGGUGACAUGGUGCUGCCAGCCAUCACAGUGCAGGACAGUGACCAGGGAAGCAAAAGCAAAGAGGAAGACUCUGAGGCAAAAAGUGGCAAGGAUGCUGGGAGGAGCAGACUUUACCUGUCCACGCUGGUCUGGGCUUGCCUGCUGGCUCAACUGUGGCGCUACAUCUGGCUCCUGCACCUCACCUACGUGCCCCUGCUGUACACUGUCAUCAAGCGAGUGGGCAACCACUUGAACCUGUGGAGCUGUCUUCGGGAUCAGUCACGUACUGCGUGUUGGACGUUGCGUAACUGGUACGAAGAACGCAGCCAGGCGCUUUUCCCAGCCCCCGUUCACGGUCUGUGGCGACUGCUGCGGGAGGGAGACAAGCGUAUGGUGUCUGUGCUGAAAACGUCCAUAGACUCUCUCACCACCAUUGGCAUUCUGCUGCUAGUGUCUCUCCUGGCCACUGUGGGCACCAUCUUCCUUGCUUUGCAGGUAUAUGGCGAGAGCAUGCACUUGGUGGAGGUGACAAGCAGCCUCAUCAACCACACUGUUGUCAACAGCCCAGAGCUCCAGCAACUGCUGCCCGAAUCACUGCGGAAUGCCCAAGGGGCAUUUGACUCAAUGCUGGGAGAUGCCUAUCUCUAUGGGCGUCAGUGGAUCAGUGGCGCGGUGCGACGAGCCCUGGAUGAUGCAGACGAGUCGCACAAGUUGGAAGUUGAGCGGCAGACACUGGAGCUUUGGGAUCGUGCCUACCACCUGUGGGUGGCGCGCAAUGCCAGUGAUGAUCCCACCCUGCACCAUGGGCCCUCUUGGGAUGCUCUUACUGAUUCCUUGCGCAACCUCGAUUUUUCCCUCUUUACCAGCUUUGUCCGGGACAACAUCGGCACUCUUAUGUCGGUAUUUGAAUCUAUAUGGAGCCUGCUAAAGGGCAACAUCAGUGUCGUUCUCAGCCUGCUGACAACAACAAUCUCAAUCCUGUUUGGCGGUGGUACUGCGGUUCUCAACUUUGUGCUGAAUUUUGUCGUGUUCUUGACUGCCCUCUUCUACCUUCUGCGUGCAAGCACAGACCGCUACAAGCCACUUGAUCUCUUUGCCAGCAUGUUGCCAGGCUCGGCUAGCCGCCUGGGCGAAGCUGUUGAGGAAGCUGUCGCAGGUGUCUUUGCAGCCUCUUUCAAGAUGGCCGCCUUCUACGGUCUCUACACGUGGCUAAUACACACGCUUUUCGAUGUCAAGAUGGUGUACAUUCCCACUGCACUGGCAGCCCUGUUUGGGGCGGUGCCUUUCAUUGGUGCAUACUGGGCCUGCCUACCAGCUGUGCUGGAGCUGUGGCUGGUGCAAUCGCAGCGCCUCAAGGCGCUUCUCAUGCUUAUCUGCCAGCUGGCACCCGCCUACUUUGUUGACUGUGCCAUCUAUGCCGAGAUUAAGGGGGGUGGUCAUCCCUUCCUGACUGGGCUGGCGAUAGCAGGCGGUGUGUUCUGCCUGGGCUUCCAGGGUGCACUGUUUGGGCCCAUGCUCCUCUGUGUUCUCAUUGUAGCCAUGAAAGUGUACCGCUCUGUGAUGCAAUCCAUGCCCGCUGGCACGGCGGGCCGACGCUUCAGCUUCAAGAGGAUGUUCACAAUAGACUAGCGUGGCAUGGUGCACAUCACCCCUGUGGAUCCAAGGUACAACAGCAGAUGAAGCAUCCUGGCGUCCACUGACAACCUGCCUUGUUACCAGCUGCUAGUCAUUUUGUGCCUUGCUCAGCCGAUUUCAGAUUGCCAAUGUAUGCCUUCCAUCUGCAGCGCACAACAGCCUCUGCAGCCUACAUCCUUUGGCUUGUGCAAGCGCCUUCUUAUGUUUACACAAUGUUUCCUUAUCAUAUGUAUUCUAUGCCAAUUGGUGCAGCACAGCAGAAUAUAACACGUUGUUGUCGCUUCGUGUAAAUGUUUUGAAAAUAUUUCGAAGCAAUAAUACUCGCAAUGUCACAAAUUCUCCUCGUGCUUGCAUUUCUACAUGGCCUAAGUACUACUAACACCAAAGAACAUUUUGUACUUUUACUGGUCACAUCAUUUGUUGAAGCUUGCGUUGUGGUCAUCGAAGCCACGUGACCAGGAAUGGCAACUUUUUGUGUGCGAGUUGUAUACGUCCAGAAAGUAUUGUUAUGGGCAAAACCUUGCAUUUGACUUGCGCAGUUAGAAAUUUUCACCAAGCACAAUAAUUUCAGUGAUGGAUCUGUCUCUGCUGGUUCCUCUAAUACUGUGUGAUUCAAGGACGAAUGUUGAAUAGAUCAGUGGCAGGUAACUUGGUUCCUCAAUAUUGCCUCCUAUCAUGUUGCUUGUUGCCUAAUCCUUGUUGGUACAGAAGCUGCUUGCUAUUCAGACUAUCGACAAUAUACAUCAGAUCUGGAGGAUACAACUAUUGAUGUUAUUUAAGCUAUUGAUGUUAUUUACAAAAUAAAGGUUGUGUUUAAUGGAAA